GGGAGCCGGGGCCUGGUUUUCCAGUCCGCCAGGCAGAUAGGAGGUUUUCUUUGUUGUCCUGCUAAUACCUCUGUGCAUUCUGCUCUUUCUGCGGUGUCUACGCGGAGUCACAGGGAGGGACACCUUUGAGAUUCGUCGUUCAGCCUAUAGGCUGUUCAGGAUGUUGCGCUCCCGUCUUCUUCCUGCUGUGGCAGGUUUAACAGUCAUUUCUAGGCGUCAUUAUGGGACAGCACAUUCCCUCCGUGGCCGGCGUAGGCUAAUGAUGGUGGCUUUUGCAGGAACAACAGCUAUAACGGCAAGUGUUGGACUUCUUUGGAAAAGAGCACAUGCAGAAGCGUCAUCAUCUGUGAAACAUGAUAUACAGGCAGAGCCUGGUGAAAAGGUGAAGAACAGAGAAGAAGUAGAGAAUGAAGGGAAUGAUGACAGGAAAGCUGUAGAGUCAAGUGAUGAAGAUGCGCAGGCAGAAGGAAAGAAGAAGAAGCGUUCUGGAUUUCGGGACCGUAAAGUGAUGGAGUAUGAAAACAGGAUCCGAGCCUAUUCGACUCCUGAUAAAAUCUUUCGAUAUUUUGCUACCUUGAAAGUAAUAAAUGAGCAUGGAGAAUCAGAAGUAUUUAUGACCCCACAAGAUUUUGUACGAUCUAUAACACCAAAUGAAAAGCAACCAGAAAAUCUUGGCCUUGAUCAGUUUGUGGUGAAACGCUAUGAUGGGAAGAGAAUUUCUCAGGAACGUGAAAAGUUUGCAGAUGAAGACAGCAUAUUUUAUGCACUUGGAGAAUGUGGUCUGAUCUCCUUUUCUGACUAUAUCUUCCUCACUACAGUCCUUUCCACGCCUCAGAGGAACUUUGAAAUUGCCUUCAAGAUGUUUGAUCUAAAUGGGGAUGGAGAAGUGGAUAUGGAAGAGUUUGAACAGGUUCAGAGCAUCAUUCGCUCCCAAACUAGCAUGGGCAUGCGUCAUAGGGACCGCUCGACUACAGGGAACACCUUGAAGACAGGCUUCAGCUCUGCAUUGACUACUUAUUUCUUUGGGGCUGAUUUGAAGGGGAAACUGACCAUCUCUCACUUUUUGGAUUUCCAGCGCAAACUUCAGCAUGACAUCCUGAAACUUGAGUUUGAAAGGCAUGAUCCUGUAAAUGGCCGGAUCACAGAGCGUCAGUUUGGUAGCAUGCUUCUGGCUUAUAGUGGAGUACAAUCAAAAAAGCUCACUCUUAUGCUGAAGCAACUAAAAAAGCAUUUCCAGGAUGGAGAGGGACUGACAUUUGAGGAGGUCGAGAACUUCUUCACUUUCCUGAAAAAUAUAAAUGAUGUGGAUACUGCUUUAAGUUUUUAUCACAUGGCUGGAGCAUCUCUUGAUAAAGAUACCAUGCAGCAGGUAGGCAAGACGGUGGCAAAAGUGGAGCUGUCAGACCAUGUGUGCGAUGUGGUGUUUGCUCUUUUCGACUGUGAUGGGAAUGGAGAACUAAGCAAUAAGGAGUUUGUUGCCAUUAUGAAGCAGAGGCUUAUGAGAGGCUUGGAGAAACCAAAAGACAUGGGGUUUACGCGGCUCAUGAGGGCUAUGUGGAAAUGUGCACAGGAGACAGCGUGGGAUUUCGCCAUGCCCAAACAAUAGCCACAGGCCAGGAGAGAAGAUCUGGCUGCAACACACACAAAUGAGGAUUGUGAAUUCUGCUGUGCUGCCUCCUCCAGAUAAGUGGUCGCCAUACCGUCAUGUUAGUACUCCCUGAAUGAAGGCCUCCGCUGAUGGAAUGACAGCAUUCUGUUGCUGUGCUGAAAAAACAAACCCUGGCAAAGACUGUUGACAACUGAGGAUUUUCCCUUAAAAAUAUCUAUGCAGACAUUUGAGUGCACUCUGCCUUUGACUUCUGUCUCAGCAACUGCUUCACAUCUCCCCCCCUGCCACCACACAUCCACACACUGUUUUCACAUUUUCUCCUUAAUUUUUCUGUCUCAGGAAGAAAACCUGAGCAGACCAGCAGAAUAAUUAGUGUUGAAUAUGGCAGCCUCUCUCUCUGUCUCGCUAGAAUAAACUCCUGCAUUCUAAUGAAACAGCUGAGCAUGGAUACUUCAAAUUAACAACAAUAGCGCUUGCAUCAGCAACAGUUAGAAUUUUAAGUACUGUUGGGGCAAAUAAUGCCCGUCAGAUUGACUCAGUACUCUUCUUGUCCUGAUCCUGAAGCUGAUUUGAAGUUACUGGGUUUAUUUUGUGUUUUGGUUUUCUUUUUAAGAAAGGGGGGGUCUGUAACAGGCCUGUUUCUGCAAGAAUGUCAGCCUUUUCUCAGCAUGCUAUACAGAAGAAGAGUAUGAAAACACGAGAGUGGGAUAGCCCUUGUUUCAUCUUCUUUUAAACAUUUAAAGGACUGAGUAAGCAUUUGUGACUUUUCCCCACAACCUCUUCCUCAAGAGUCCCGACUGGAACAUGCAAUCCAAUGUAUAUUCCCCCAUCUGUAAAUUCCCCCCUUUAAAUUGAGGGUGUUUGCUCCUUGUGAUUUAUUCUUCCAUGUAGCUGCUUUUGACAGAGUUCUUGAGAGCUUGUAAAAUAUUACUUUAAUUAUAAUGGUUCCUAACAAACA